AUGAAGCGGGUGGAAUUGGUGGCCGGUGAGUCGCACCGGAACCUACGCAAGGGGUUGAUUCCGGCGGUGGACCUGCACCCGUCGGAGGGCGUGGCGCAUGAGGUCCUGAACCUGCGUCCAUGGGGGAGUCCGUUGGACUUAGUGAGUUGUGUGCGUUUCCCACCUGGAGUGGCGGGCAUAUUGCGUAGUCGCAUCUCGGAGGACUUUGAGAAGCUGAGUGGUCUCAAUUCCACGGUGGUGCCUUUGCCGCUGGGUCUGCGGGUUACGCCGACGUUCCGUGAGGAUUUUCGUUGUUUUGCGGUCGAGGUGGAUUUGUAUAGCGACGAGGAUGUGGCAAUGAUCAAGCUCUGGCACCCGUACCUGGACUUGGAGCAGCACCCGGCGCAGACAGAGGCGGAGUCGCGCAAGGCGCAAUUUACGCUCAAGUUGACCGGAUUGUUGACGGAGUUGCCGACGGUGAUGGAGGCUUACAAGUCGUUGGACCAGGACCUAUUAUUUAAGGCGGCCAACAUCUCGCAAUUGAUGGUCGUAACCUUCGCUGAGGAGGAGCGCCAUACGUUCCCCGUGGACAUCUCCGCCGAACGCAAUGACCAUGUCUGCAUCGAACAGUUCAUGCCGCGCGCUGAACGCAAUCGCCUGGACGAACACGCACUUACACUCCCGCGUUGCCCCUGGCUCAAUCCCAGUGGCGUCACCGCGCCUUUGAGACUCUUCCGCGAAGAGCGCACCCGCGAUUACAGCGUUGCAACCAAGGCCGAAAUCCGCGCCUGCGAAAUGGCCAUGCUCAGCAUACUUAAACGCGGCCGCAUGGAGUGGGCCGAACUCGAUGUACAUUCUGCCCUCGAAGCCUUCAUGCUCGAAGAAGCUCUCAAACCCAACACCACAGUACCCAACGCGCAAGCCGUGCUCAGCAACAACGAGCAAAAGAUUGUAAAGGUAAUUGGCGAGCAGGCGACAGACUUGUUCGAUGACGCGGCGAGCGACCUUAGUGAUCAGUUGUUCGGGGACGACCACACGUUGGACGAGAAGCACUUCCUCGAGGACAAGACCGCAGUGAAGCGUCGCAAGGACCGCAAGCCGACGGGUGAGGAGAUGGUUGCGGCCGGUGUAGGGGGCGACGACCAGGCAGGACGUAUGGCGCUGGAGCAGGAGUUCAACGAGCUGGCGGAGUCCGCGGUACGGCAGAUCCUGGAGCGCGACAUCGAGGACGACUUUUUCUCGGGCGCCGUCCUGGAGGAGCCGGAGUAG